AUGAAUAUAGAUAAAUUAUAAGCUACGAUUUAAACUUUUUGUGGUUUAAUAGAUAAGGAUCUUACUAUUUAGAAAAAUUGUAAAAUUGUAAUGAUCAAAUAUCAUAUACACCUAAUUUAGAAUAUUCUAUAAUAAGGAGGACAAAUUAAUCUAUUGUUUUUUAGUUAAUAGAUUAAAAAAUUAAAACAAUUAUUUAUUAUGAAUAUCCUGACACAACUGAUAAACAUAUCUAUGAAUACCUAUAUAAUGAUAAUAAAUCUGAGAUAAUUUUUAUUGAACAUGGUAGAGAUUAUGAAGGACCUUCAUACUAUAAUUUAUGUUCAAUUUUACCAAAAGAAUAAGAUGAUGGCUUUUAUAAUGAAGUUUUAGAGUUAAAAACAUAUAUUAUGUCUUACUCAAAAUUUUUAAAAGAUUCUCAUAAAAAUUUAUACUUACCUAUGA